UUAAUCAAGUCUUAUCUGAAUUUCUCUGGUCAAGUACAGAGAAGAAAUUUUCUCAUUCUGUAGUAGAAACACGAAUAUUUGUGAGUUGCAUAAUGGCAAGCCAGGGGUGGAGAAUGGUGCAGGCACAUACCCCUAUGAUCAGAUUCCGUAAGGCUAGCAUUGAAAGAGGCGCAGCUGCGGCGACGAGUCAGUCAGCUGGUGCAGUGCCGUCAUCAAAAAAAGUCACAAAGUGGUCACCGGGGCCCGGUGUUGUGGCCCGACCUACGAUUGCAGAUUUUCAACUACCUGCCAGAUAUGCAAGACGCCCAAUAGACCUCAAAGAAAUUGAUUAUAUCAACCGUGGUGGCCCAGAGUAAACAUGUUUGAGACUAACGUGACCAUAUUCCAUCUCUCAUAGUUCACUGUUUCAAAUAAAUACAGUGUCUCCUCUGACGGUAUUUGAAUCACUCGUUUAAAUUAUCGUAAGUUGUAAACCCAAUAUCUUGCUCUGUUUGAGAGCUAACAAUAAAACUUGAUACAUGUC